AUGACAAUAAUAUUGAUAGAAUUCUUGAUUUUCAAACCUUUAAAACUGGUGAAACACCUUAAUAGAUCUUCUUUAUUUGGAGUCAUCGUUAGCUAUCGAUACCCCAAUCUAUCAUCUGAUUUUAUACCAAGUAUGCUAUUCUUUUGUACUUGUCAUGCGAUCCAUGGCUUCUUUAGCAGUAGACAGAAAUGUGUUCCCAUAUGUCAUAACUGCAUUGAUGACCUAUCCAGAACAAUGAGACUCAGAGAAACAAUUCAAGCAAAUAAUGCUAGUACAUUCAUCUCAGAAGAACAUGAAAUAAUUCCUGGUCAUUACAAUGUUUUUGACCUUGGAAGAAAAUUUCUGUUAUACUGUACGGAUAAGGACUCUACUGUGACCAGACCAAGACGCUACCUAUACACAAUCAGCCCUCUCAAAGACUUUUCCUUUCAUUUUUUAAUCAGAUCAGAAAGUGAAUUCAUCCUCAGUUUCUUUUAUGCAGAUAUCACAAGUCAAACUGGCUAUAAUCAUUUAUUCUGCAAGCUAUACACCUAUUCUAACAUAAAGCAAUUCCAAACCAACAAAAGCCUAACAGAAAAUCUACACCUCAAUCUUGUUUCAGAUUUUGUCUUGGUCAUGAGAAACUGGUCUGUAUUUCACAAUAGAUACCACGAAUUUAAUCAAGAGUGUAGGAAUAGGACAUUUACUCUACAAACACAGAUUUCAUGUCAUCUUGAUCGACAGAUUUUGUACGUUAAAAACACUUGUCUUUAUGUUUCCAGCUAUCUUUUGGAAAGUUUAGACAGGGUCCCAGGAUAG